GUGGACUGCGCAACUAAGCAUUAAGCGAGCGACAAGCGUGUUUUCGUUGAAUUUAUGAUCGUAGUGGUGUUUCUAGUUUGCUAGUUAAUAAACAUAAUUUAUUGAUUAUGCUUUUUGCUCGAUAAUUGUAAUUUCGCACAGCACAUUUGUAAGGAACUAUUUGCUGAAACUGCUUCCGGUUUCUCAGAUUUCAGUAAGUGACCUAGACUGAAAAUUUUUGAGUUAAUAGUAUGGCGACUACCAGUGAUAAUGCUCCAAAGAAUAAAGGGAAACCAUCCCUAACACAAGAUGAAGUGAUACAGAAGUUCCAGACAUUAAGAAAUGAACAACGUCAACUUGCUUUGAAGCUAUCUGAGCUGGAGCAGGAUCUGCACGAACACAAUCUAGUCCUGGAAACUCUGAAAACUGCAGACCCAGCUCGACGUUGCUAUCGACUAGUGAGUGGAGUCCUUUGUGAGAUGACCGUAGCUGAUGUCUGUCCUGUUGUACGCAACAACAGUGAACAGCUGACACGUUUGAUAGCAACACUUAAGGAACAACUGGUCUCUAAAGGACGUGAACUGGUUGAGCACAAAGAACGCUACAACAUCCGUAUACGUGGAGCACCUGAUGACCGUCCACCUCCUGGUUCAGAAGAAGAAAAACAAGGCACAGGAGCUGUGGGCAAAGAACCCUCUAGUGUUCUGGUUGGAGGUAGCAGUGAUGCGGCCAUUGUUAAUUGAACAUGUUAAUAUCUGCGAAAUAAAUGGUUAAUUGUGAACUCAUUAAUUAAAAAUUCCUAUAGCUAAGUGGAAAACAUUUAGUGAAAUGGGCAGUGUAUCAAUCUCCAGAAUAAUCUAAAACCAAUAUUUUCUGCACUACUAUGUUUAAUUUUUAACUUGCUUUUUAUACGCUAAUGGAGAAAAGAGUGCCGAACACUCGUGCUUGUAACAUACUCAUAAGGUGGCAUUAUGUUACUUAUGACAUAUUUGUUCCAUAUUUUGUUAACAUGUAACAUUCGGAAUUUAGGUUUUCUUAUAUCUUUCAGAACAAAACUAUAUAUUUGAUCAUAUUUGAAAUCUACCUCACAAAAGAAAUAAUCCAAACAUAAUAAUUUUGUUUUCUGUCCUGAUUGUCAGAUUUCUUAUUUUGAGCAUUCACUUAUAAAUUAUAAAUACUCAUGAUGUAAUGCUUGAAGAUAAAUUUGUCAACUUUU